UUCGCCGCAUCGGUUCGUUACGAGAUAAUUGCUCCGCGGAAUUUUAACAAAUGAUAUAAAAUAUUGUCGCGUGUGAUCGAGUGAAGGUAGAGUGAAGCUCUGUCGUAUUGGAAUUCAUGGGCCAUGAACUGCGCGUACUACCAGCAGCCAGGGGGCUCGCACCCCGCACCGCACAAUGCCAACAAUAAUUACUUCAACGAGGUUAGUAUCGAAUCUGCGGACCACAAGGACAUGAAGAUUUUAGAACACCCGAGUCUGCGCGGCACGCCGCUGGCUAUGCUCGCGGCGCAAUGCAACAAACUCUCCAGUAAAUCUCCUCCGCCACUGGCCGAUGCGGCCGUUGGCAAGGGCUUUCACCCGUGGAAAAAGAGUCCAGGCACCCACUCGCCGCCCGGCUCCGGAUCCGGACAGCGCUCGCAGCCGCCCGCCUGCGCUCCCUAUGCCCGCCCGCCAACCUCCUGUGCCGCCGCGCCAUCCUACGGCAACGAUCUUUACUUUCCCUCGUCCGGAGAUCAGCUACUAGGUAAAAGCGAAUCUAGCGCAAGUCUUGGAUCGAUGUACUCGAGGCACCCUUACGAGUCAUGGCCCUUCAACAUGGGGGGAGGUGGCGGCGGCGGCUCGCUGAAGGCCGCGGACAUGGGGGGCGUUAGCGCCGUCGGCGGUACAUGGUGGGACGUGCACGGCGGUUGGCUGGACGUCGGUGGACAGAUGGCCAACUACGCCGGCCAGGACUAUUCGCAACUGACACAUUCCCUGUCGGGCGGCGCGCACCUCCUGCCGCCCGCGCCGCACUUGCUGCAAGACGCUUACAAGUCGGUGCUCCCGACGCAGGGCUCGUUCGGGCUGCACGCUCCCGGCUCCCCGGCACCGCCCGCUCAGGCGCCGUCACCUCGCUCGCAGAGGCGAUACGCAGGCCGGGCCACCUGCGACUGCCCUAAUUGCCAGGAGGCGGAGAGGCUCGGGCCAGCGGGGGCGCAUCUGCGCAAGAAGAACAUCCACAGCUGUCACAUCCCCGGGUGCGGGAAGGUGUACGGCAAGACGUCCCACCUGAAAGCUCAUCUACGGUGGCACACCGGGGAGCGGCCGUUCGUGUGCAACUGGCUGUUCUGCGGCAAGAGAUUUACGCGUUCGGACGAGCUGCAGCGGCACUUGCGCACGCACACCGGCGAGAAGAGGUUCGCAUGUCCGGUGUGCAACAAAAGAUUCAUGCGGUCAGACCACCUCGCCAAGCACGUUAAGACGCAUAACGGCGGCAAGAAGGGCAGUUCGGAAUCGUGCUCGGAUUCGGAGGAGAACAGCCAGGGCGAGGGCGGCGGUGGCGGGCGUUCGCCUGAGCACGUUUUGGACGUGAAGCCCGGCGCGCUCGUGUGACGGGAGCGCGCGGCGAUGACUGCCCUCCUGCCGCCGCCCCUGUGAGCCACCCUGCGCCCUGCGCCCCCGCCCUGUACAUAUCGAAACUCUGUAUAGAAUGUAAUUAAAGACUCCGUUCUAACUGGUGUUGCGUCGUGUAUAUUAUAUCUUCUUUGUGAAGUGUACAGUAUAGAUACUAUGAAAUAUUGUCUAUUAUAUAAUUAGAAAUUGUACGGUAACUUAAUUUAAGUAGAAUCACUCUUUUAGUCGAAAAUUACAUGUAAUUUAUUUAAAUAUUGUUAAUAGUUCAACUGGUCCUCAAUAAAUGAAUACCACCUGUUAAACUAUCUGAAUGUAUUUGUUACAUUAUUUACUUAAUUAUAAAGUUUAUGCAAAACAUAACAAUUUACCGCAAUAUGUACACACAGCUUCAGACUUUAAUAAUUAUAUAUAGACAAAUUGUCACAAAUAAGAACUUUUGCCACGAACGUGACUCAUUCCUGGCUGACACCUUUCAACAUCAGGUGAAAUCGCUGACUUUAGCUAUUUUUUUAUUAUUAUAAAAACUCAUAUGUUUUUAGCAUAAACCUGACAAAACGUUUAU